AUGGCCGCGUCAAGCAGCAGCCUCAUCAAUAUUGGUGAUCCAAAUCAUAUUUAUGCCGUCCUCACCCAAGAGAAUCAUCAUGAUUCUCCCCUCUUCAAGAACAUCCCUAUAGAGAUUCGCCUCAUCAUCUACGAAUAUGCCGUAGCCAUCGACAAGCCUGUCCGACCAAGGCAGAUGGCUCCUCGCUCAAACAAGUUUGUAUGGGGCAAAACCGACAAUGAUGGUAGGAGUCGCUUCACCGGGGUUGUCUUGAAAUCGGAUGAAGAACCUCUAGUAGUUGUUUCUCUUAGUCGCACCUGCCGAUCAAUCUAUCGAGAGUUAGAAGACCAUCCCGUCUUCUAUCGCGUCAACAGAUUUGAAUUCGACUUUGCCCAAGAUUUACACACAUUCUUGGCGGCUAUUCUCCCUAAACGUCUGGCCAUGAUCCGUACCAUUCGCCUUAUAACUGGGGAGGCUCUAAACCCUUGGGCGGAAGACUGGGGCGGACAGGUUAGGCCCGCACCACACGUUGCCCUCCAGCCUCACAAUCGGCCUCCCAACAACCACAUUAAUCAUAUCCUGACACUUUUGAGUCGAUGCGAUGAUCUUAGAGAAUUAUCUCUUGUUCUUCACCAGAACGUUGACUUUGGCGGCAUGGAGUCUAAGCUCUAUGGAUGGGAUACACUGGCGGAUGGUUCUCAUGAAGCACCAGCUUUUAUCAACCUGCCCAUCUUCGAUGUCUUCAUGCGCUUCUCCCUCUAUGGAGAAGAGUUCCAUCUGAAAAAGGCCCUUGGUCGUUCAGAGCUUCAGCAAGGUCCUCAGGCAAGGAACUACCUUUCUGCCAUCGUUCGUGGUUUGGAUGCUCGUAAAAAGGCUUUUGCACUAAAAGGUAAAAGCGAUGAAGAGAAAGACAACCAUCCUCAGUGGCUGAAAGACAUGGCCAACCGAGCUGCGAUCAAUGCAGCUAUUAGAGCUGCACCGGUUGACUUCACGGGUGGAAACCGUAUCGCACAGGAUAUGCAUCUCAUGUCGGACACAGUUUCAUCCCGCACCAGACGCAAGGGCCAGGUUGUGAACUCUUUUGGAGUUGUACACCGCGAGGUACCGAAGUAUACCGCAGACGGGCAGGUAGCAUGGACUUACCUUAAGGUAACAGGGAUCCGCUGGAACGAUUCGGGAGAGUUGGAACUUCAAUUGUUGUGGGAAGAUCCUACUAGGGACCGCUACGACUCUUGGGCAUCAUUUCACGCCUUCCCAAAGGACCGUCAGGGUGAGGAAAAUAUCAUCCGUUUCUUCAGGAAUACUGCAACAGGGCUAUAUAGAGAUGUAGAAGCCCAUCUUCGAGAGGUGCAUUCCAUUCCUUCUCCUUCGGACGUCGCCAAGUUCGCUGGCGGGUUGAAUCAUUUUCUUGACAAGGACACCAUGUUUGCCGAAACGACCCAGACAGUCAGACAAAGGAGAAUCCACAUAUGGAAUCACUGGAUCAAAAGAUGGGACCGGUACGUAGCUCGACUAGAAAAGGAGCUUGAUAAGAAGAAGAAAGAAGCUGCUAAAGCAGCAGCGGCUGCGACUGAGGAUUCGAAGAAGGCGAAAAAAGCGAGAAAAGGCAAUCAGAAGGCCAUGAAAAAAUCGGCAAAAUGAACCAUGAAUGUUGAUUGAAAGACCGUAUGGUCGGUCAUUGGUCUCUUGGAGCACGUCACACGUCACACGAAGGAAAGCAACUGAAAUCUGUCAAGUCUAGUGGCUAUAGCACUGGCAAUCAUAGCAACCACUCAAUAUCUAGUGAUGGUUGGAACAAUCUGGUAUCUACCUCUUCAACAGAGGAAGUAAUGAAGAACAAGCCAAAAGGAGGGGAAGCAGUGUGAAGGAGGAGGUGUUGAUAGGGA